UAUGUAGAUUGUUUUUUAUAAUUUCGCUCAAUAUUUUAGUUUAAUAUUAUUAGAUUUUAUUCAUGGAUAUUAUAUUACGUCCGAAGUUAACAAAGAUUCCCGGAGAAUUAAUUAAAACAAAAGCUGAUAAAUUUACUCAAGAUUUGUCAAAAUUAACAAAAGCACAAUUAUUGGAAAUAAAGGAACGCGAAGAAAAACUGCUUUCAAAGAAAUCUCAAUUAGCCAAUUUACCAGAUAAGGGACAGAAAAUUGAAAAUUUUUACAAGAAAGUUCUUAUCGAAAUUUCAAAACGUAAUGAAAUUGAUGAAGCUGCUAGACUUUUUUCUGAUUUGAAUAUCAGUUCUACGGGUCAUGAAAAAUUAACUAAUUUGGAAUGGACGGGGAAACUAAAUUCAGAAGAUUGUACGGAAGUAGUAUUAGAUAGCGAUGAUGAAGAAAUUGACCCCGUCAAAAUAAUUGCUCAAAGCACAGAUAUGAAGAAACAUGUGAAGUAUAUUCAAGCUGAAGAAUCUUUAAUAACCAAAGAAGACUUAAAACAAAUAGAAGAAAUGAAAAGUUCGCAGAGCAAUGGACCUGAAUUAGUAGUAGACUCAGAUUUGAUUCAUGUUGAAAUUCCAGAUGAAUUCAGAGAAAAACUAUUAGUUGAAUCGAAUUGCAAUUCACCAAAUCAAUGUGAAACAAAUUCUUCAAAUAGCUCUUUAAAUUUGGAACCUCAUGCUUUGUACCUAUUAGAAAAAGGUGUUGAUGGUUUACCGAAAAAGGAAAAAUUUCUGCCUUAUAAAACUACUAAAACAAACGUACAUGAUCCAAGAAAAGAGAAAAAUAGAAAAGUCGGAGGUAAAUAUUGGGAGAUAACAGCUGCAACACCACCACCAAUUCAAAAUGCCGGUGUGAAAAUGCUAUCUCUUAAAGAUUCUGUAGAAAUACAGAUGGAAUAUACAGAAAAAUUAAAGAAAUUACAAGAGAAACAAGCAGCGGAACGUUUGGCAGCAAGGACUGCGAUACAUCCAACGUGUGACAUUAUUUUGCCAGAUGAACAAAUUAGAAAGGUCAAUAAAUUUUUUGGUUCAUAUCGCGAACAUGAUUUAAGCAGCGAUGAGUCCGAUAAUGGAUAUGAAAAUGAAAGAAAAUACAAUUCUGAAGAUGAAAUUCAUGAUGAGGAGGAAGAUAGAGGGGGUGUUGUUAAUUUUCAAAUAUCUAAAUAA